AUGGCGUCCUCAACAUGGGAGUCCGAUUACCUCAAUCCUGAUAUUGACUUCACAAUGGACUUUCGUUCAUCCUCAGCCCCACCAGCCACCGGUCUGUUGUUUGCCGAUGAUGAAGACAUACGAGGAGACUCCCACUAUCUGGGAAGCUCGGGAUUACACAACAACAUUGGACGGUCCAUGCAGAAGAGCCCUUUAGAUAGACCGGCGGAAGGAACCAAACUAUAUGACUCCUAUAGAUCGGAUAGACUCCGAAACCUACCACUCAACCGACCCGCACCCAGAACUGCGGCAUCUGAUCUUUCGUUAUCGCCACCAGUAGACCGACGAUUUUUGGGAGAGUUCCGUUCUCAGUCCGCAGCACCAUCACUUCAGUCUUUGGGACCUCCUCCUGGACUUGAGCGAGAAAGUGACAGAGUUGGCACAUUCUCAGAUUCCUAUCUAGGUUCGGAUGAAUCGCAUAUGCUGCUACUAGGACAGAGACGAGCGGCAUCCACUGGCGUUCUCGGUAAUAAACCUCCGAAAUCAGCUCAUGUACGCUUUGGAUCCGUGGAAGGUGGUGGUGCCGUUCGACCCGGUGCCGUCCGACCAUCGGCGAAGACGCUCAUGGACUUGAUCAAGGAAGAUGUCGAUUCUGAGUCACCCAAUAGUAGAGGAGGAUACCAAGAUGAUUACAACCACCGAAAUGGCGACUUUCGGGAAGAUCGACAGCAACAGCGAUCGCAAAUGUAUAAUCAAUUCCCGGAUGGUGAUGAUCCUUACCGAAAUGGAGACAGUCGCGGCUAUUCUAAUGGGGAUAGCCGUUAUCCUGAGCCACGCAAUGGAUUGAUGUCGAAUGGGCCCGGCAAUUUCGAAGAUCCAAUGGAUCAUGUAUCCAUGCGUCGAGGAGGGCCUAGAAAUGCGUACGAAACAAUGCAACCUCAAAACACGCGCCAUCAAAUGGCCCAACCCCAGGCAGCUCAACCUCAAAUGAUGUCUCGGGGACAAAGAAUGCAAUACAAUGACAAUAGAAUGCAGGGCGGCAUGGACCCACAGGACAAUAGAAUGCAGAAUAACAAUCGGAUCCAAAACAUGCAAAGACAACAAACACAUGACGGGAUUCGCCAGAACAAUCCAUACGUGCAGCAUGUCAACAUGCCCGGAUCACAAUACGAACAACAGCAGCAAAUGUAUGGAUCGCAAAUGCAGAGUCGCGUCCACCCACAAGUAGUACCCCCUGGUCAUACCAUCUUCAUCAAUCCAAACUCGCAACCCUAUGGCUACAUGCAGUACCCACAACCAGUAAUGCCAGAAGGACAACAAUAUGUCAACAUUAUGCCAAUGCAAGGAGGCGGAGGAGGUCAAGUGCAGGCACUUGGUGGGGCUUAUGCUUUUUGGCAACCCGAUGGACAAACUGGUGGACAAACUCUUACCAUUCUAAACCCAAAUGGAUCUCAUGGAGUUCCACUCUCUGUAGCGAAUAUCCAUGACGAUAGAUCGCAUGGUCCUCAGCACACUCCACCACACGGUCGUUCCAAGGAAAAGAAUGGUAGCAAGUCGAGACGAGGUGGAGCCAUCGUGGGGCCACGUGCACGAAACCAAGGCAUUUCUACCCACGAUUCGCUUUUGGCAGAGUUCAAAUCAAGAAAGAGCCAUCGCGACUGGACGAUUCGUGAGAUCACUGGACACGUCGUUGACUUUUGUCAAGAUCAGAAUGGCUCGCGAUUCAUUCAGCAGAGAAUAGAAAUUGGAGACUUGGGCGAAAAGGAAAUUGUAUUGCAAGAAGUGCUUCCCGCAGUUCGCGUUUUGAGGAAUGAUGUCUUUGGAAACUACGUUGUUCAAAAGCUGCUCGACUUUGGUACCCCUACUAUGCUCGCUGAACUUUAUUCGACAUUCCAAGGAGAAGUGCUGGAGCUCUCUCUCCAGAUGUAUGGUUGUCGUGUUGUUCAAAAGGCAUUAGAGACACUUGAUGAACCAUCGUUGCUUAACUUGCUACCUGAAUUUCACAACAAUGUACUUAGCUCUAUCCAUGACCAGAAUGGGAACCACGUGAUCCAAAAGUGGAUUCAAGUUGUGAGUCAACUGUCCAAAGGUGCCCUUGCUAAUGGUGAUGGAGAGACUGCUGCGUUUUUCAACGAGCAAAUCGAUUUCAUCGUUGAUGAUGUCCUUCGAAAUGUUGCUUCACUUUCCUGUCAUCCCUACGGCUGCCGUGUAUUUCAACGCAUCCUGGAGCAUUGUGUUGAGCCUGAUAAGAGUAGGGCAUUGGAUGAAAUCAUGGAGUGCCACAGAACUCUUCUUGACGAUCAAUAUGGAAACUAUGUCAUCCAGCACGUUCUUCAGUAUGGUCGACAUGGUGAUCGAGAACAGAUUCUGCACUUUGUACUUGAGAAUGGACUCCUUUUCCUGUCUCGGCAAAAGUUCGCCAGUAAUGUGGUUGAAAAGCUGCUAAAGUAUGGUACCGACAGCCAAAGAAAGGCUGUUGUUCGAGAGAUGCUUAAGAUUGUCGCCGAGACCACAGGAGGCAUGUCCCCAAACGAUGUCGGUUGCAGCGUUGUACUACUCAUGGUUCGAGACGCCUAUGCAAAUUACGUUGUUCAGACAACCCUUGAUGUUAUUUCGGAAUCCCAAGAAAAAGUACAACUAUUGGAGGAGCUGCGAUCACACUCUGACGAGUUGAAAAGUUACACUUUUGCAAAACAUAUUGUAAUGAAGCUAGAAGCUUGA